AUGGAUAUAAAGGUGAGAAAACUUCGAUUUUGGAUUGACUUUGCGAUGACAUGGUGGAAUUUAUGUCACGUCAUUGCGGACCAGACAGUCUGUUCGGAAUACCUUGUGUCAGGACUCUAUGGCUUGGAUGAUUCGGCUUUAGAUGCAUCAUCUUCAAAGCCUUCAAGUUUCGGCGGUAUUCUCAGUCCACAAAAUGCCAGGCUUUAUACUAAUGGAAGCUCUGCUUGGCAUUCGAAAAACGAGGAUACUUGACAGUAUAUACAGGUUCGGUUUCCGAGAGAGACAGUUGUUGACACUGUGAUAUUACAGGGCCGAGGAAGUCACCGGACUUGGGUCAAGACAUAUUACAUUUCGUACAGCAUUGAUGGCAACACAUGGACUGUAGUGACUUCACAAAACAACCAACCGAAGAUGUUUACUGGAAACUAUGAUAGCAAUACCUUGGUGAAAUCGAACCUUGUUCCAAAUAUCACUGCGCGGUACAUUCGAAUCUAUCCCCAAAGCAUACAUCGACACAUUUGUCUUCGAUUUGACCUUAGCGGUUGCUACAAAGUUGAAGAAACAGAGCGAUACUCAGAAUUCAACAGAGUGCCAAUCUUACCACCUAUAGAAUAUGAACAGCAUGUUUUGCUUGAGAUACAGUCAAAAAAUCUUCCAGCGUGUGGUAAACUAUGCCACAUGGAAAAGGAAUGUCGUUUCUUCAACUUUGACAUCAUCCAGAAAAAAUGUAGUAAAUAUACGUCUCUUGGUUACCGUCAAAUUCAACACGGAAGGUUCAUGUAUAAAGUGAACGAAGUCAGUAUGAAUCAGGAGAGUGCUUCCAAGGAGUGUAUGCAGCAACGUUCAUGUCUGAUCAAGAUCGACUCCGCAUCCGCCAUGUUGAGUCUACAGAAUGUCAUCGCCGGAAACGUUAGACUGGAACUUGGCUACUCUCACUUGUUUGUGUCCGGUAGGUAUUUGUCCAUGACAUGGCAGCACAAUGACGGCUCAGCGUUAAACAGCUCCCUCUGGUCGUCAGGCAACCCUGACCCAGGUCAAGGUCACUGUGUAGUGAUGACACCGACUGGCCUUGUCAGCGCUAAUUGUUUGGAGAAACAUUUCUCUAUUUGUGGUUUUUAG